AUAUGCCCCGCUACCAGAAACUUAUCAACGAAAGCGACAGCAACCCGGCAGCAACUAUCACCCAGCAACAGCAGCAACAUCGCAAUCAACAGCAGCAACAUCGCUAUCAACAGCAGCAACACAAGUCGGAGAGCGUGGGCUAUCACCUGUAUUUGUACCGCCAGCAGCUUUCUCAGAAAAAAGUGGAGUACAUGAGGCUGUCCAAGGCCAAGUACAUCAUCACCGACUCACUCCUGGCCAAAACGGUGCGGAAUUUGAAGGGCUGCAGCAUCGACGAACUGAAGACGGUCAAUCACCAGAUCGUGUUCCGGCACAAACUACGUCAUCAAAUCCAACGACUCCGCAAGCUGAGAAGUCUGGGGAUCAAGAACGCCAAUCCCAAGAUGGAGAGCACAGAACUGUGAAGCGGAGCGAAAGGAUCAGGAUCAGCAGGAGCUUCCUUUGGCUAUGAUUUAAGCAUAGCUUCAAAGGAAAUUCCCAUAAGGCGAACACAAUCUCUUCCUAAUUUUACACAACGUUAAAUUGGCUAGAACCAGCUAUAUUAUGUCAUUAGUUUAAGUGGCGGGCACUGCAUAAAUUUAUAAAUGUAAUUUUUA